UACUCACUGUCACUGUCAGAUAUUGCCCUUAUUCGUUUGUACUUUCUCCCGUACCCUGACCCGGACGCGGCCAUGUUUGCAAAAGUGAUAUUUUUCACUAGUGAAAAAUAUCACUUUUAUAGAAUGAAUAAUUUUUGAUAUUUCACCUGUAAAAAUGUAAUAAAUUGCCAUCUGUGAUAGCAUUUCAUUCAUUAGUGUCACUUCCAUUAUCGUAAACAGUCAACUUCAAAAAUAACGAAAUCGGUUACAACGAAGAAAAUUUCCCGCUUUUCACCACUAUAAUUAUAUCCUAUGAUUUUGUUUUUACUGAAAUAACGAAUAAACUGUAACAACGAAAUGACUUUCUAGUCCCUCAAACAAAUUUUUACCUGUAAAAACGAGACAUGUCGGAAUCAAUACACUUCUGUCGAAACAACAACACGUACAAUGUACAGUGUAGAUAAGUAAGUUUACUCUGAAUAACGUCAUCAUAAAACAUCACCAUCACAAAGUCACAGAUGACGUUGACUGAUCGCUGGGUCUACCGCAUAGGAACCAUUUAUACAAGUCCACAUUACACAAGUUAUUUCCAGCAAAUUGUAAGAACAAAACACGUUUCCUGUUUCUGUCUUUGAUAUUUAUUCCAACCUAUAGGUUAUCCAAUCUAUUCACCCAUUUUUCCAUCUGAUGUCGACAUCAUUUUCGUGUACAGACAAUUGUGGGAAUGUUGGUAAUCCAGUUGCCAUUUUGUAAAUAAGUAGUAUGAGACGAUAUUACCUACAUAACACUUAAUUAAAAAAAUGUGCCAUACUUCAAAACUAUUUUAAAUAAGAGCUGAUGAAAAUCAACUUACAAACAUACUAUCUUUGAAAUAAUUAAUGAAAUAAUGCACUCAUUUUUGCCGAAAUGACGUCCGUUUGCCAUCCCGCCUUUGUUAUGGAAUUUAUCGAUCGCAAUACGCGUGACUUUAUAUUAACUGUGAAGAAUCGGAAUUCUUUACAUUUUCUUUAACAGUGUGACCAAACACACCGGGUGAUACCGGAAGUUACGAAUCCGACGGGGAGUAUCUACAAAUCCGAUGGGGAGUAUAUAUACAAAUCCAACGGGGAGUAUAUACAAAUCCGACGGGGAGUAUCUACCCGAAGGGCGUAAGGACAUGGCUGGGGUAUGUUUUAUAGUAAUACAUAACAUUUUAACAUACUAUCGGAAACAUGAUGCUACCCACAGAAUUCUACGCUUUUUCAUUUAUAAACAUCAGUAAUUCGUUAAUCUCAUAAACUUGCCGUGUUUGAUUGAUGCUCAAUAUUAUCCGGCUGCCCUACUGUCAAACGACGAAUUUGCGAUGUUUUUUGUGAAACAGUUAUAGUCUGACACGUGAGUUUAAAAGGGUAUAGCGUCAGAAACCAUUAGAGAUGGUUCAUGGCAAUAUUCAGUUGAUUUAAUUGCUUUGAUGACAUACAAGAUAUAUAAUGUGUAUAUUCAUAAGGGGAAUAAACCCCCCUUACGAAAUCACCAUUGUUGUGAAUUUUAAUAACGUAUGUUUACGUCAACCUACAACAAUCCUUAGAACAAUGGUAAUAGUCACAGACUAAUUUAAAUUCAAUAGAUAUACAUUUUGGUUUGGCAAAUGUCCAGCUAAUAUAAUGGGGAUUUACAAUGUGACAUGCUCCUCAUAGGCCAGUAGUGAAGCAACGUGUUUAUUGUGUAUUUCACACGUAACAUGCCAAGUGUGUGACCCUUUAUAGACAGAUUGGCCACAUCGUUUGUACGACGUUUGUAAAGAUUAUUGAACUCUGGAUCUCACCUAGAUUAUAUAUACCAGUAAUACAGUUUCUGCGAGGAUCAUAGCAGAUUGUUAGACAGAAGCGGACUCUCAUAUAGAAUAAUAGAAAAUACCGUACAAUGUUAGUCGUAGUUAAUGUUAACCUGUCUAGAUAGCGAGGCAGGUAUUUAUGACCCGGUCACUUCCGGUACUACGUUAUUGACAUACCUAGUGGAAAACAUAUAGACAAGGUGUACUCUGAAGAAGGGCGUGACAUUCCACGUGUAACACAUAUAAACUAUGUGUACAUUACUUCGGAAGUAGUAGGUUAACAUUACGUCCGGUUACGUCCUACAACUCGGAUGGUAUUACACGCGAGAGACACAAUAGAAGUAUCAUAAUUAAACGUAAAGUAGAUCUGCAUGGAAAGGUUAGGAGAAGUGACGGACCAUUGUAUGACAUUCACGGAUUACCUACACAAUGUCGACAGCACAGAUGUUACGUACCCGCUAUACAAGUACCUGGCGCAUCCUUCUGUCCUAUCUACGUUCCAACACACUACGUUUGGUACAGUAUUUACAAUACAUCCCAAUAAUUACGGGACUGCCAUCAUAAACUGCUUUCGCCACAAGGAACUGAAUCACGUGGACAAAGCUGGGAAGGUGAGCAAGAAGGAGCAUAUAGGAUUUACGACGCUGGGAUUCAUCUCUCUCACAACAGGCGGAAAACUCUUGACAAAUAUCCACGGGAAAUGUAUCAUGCGCUUAACAGAUUCUGGUGACUCCCACGUCGCAUUUAGCACGUCGCCGUUGAUUCCAAUACAAAUUUGCGAAACAGAAGAUGGAUCUCUGCUAGUAACACUGUCCGAUAACGCCGAGUAUGACAUAAAUGACGAAAACACCAGAGUGUUGACAAAAUACACUAACAAAGGACUGCGCAUGCUCACUGUGGAAAGAGACAACCAAGGUCAACGACUCUUUUGUAGGCCUGGUAGACUCAAAUGUAACAAGCGAAACGGACAAAUAAUGGUUGGCAAUCGAACCGGGGAAACAGCAGCACAUAUCGUCGUGUUCGAUACAGACUUAAGAUUACUGUUUCGUUACCUAGGAAACGGAAGGGCACUUUCGUCGGAUGACGAUUUUAACGAAAACUUGAUCAACACUGACUUUUUCGCUGUCGAUGCUGAUUUCGACAUUUUUAAUAACAUCGUUGUUGUUGACAACCACACGAAAUCUGUAGAACUACUCGACUGUUACGGACAGUUACUGCAAAUCGUGACGCAAGAUUCUGACGCACCUAGAUCAUUAUGUGUCAACUUCGAUCAAACGCUUUGGAUUGGAUUCACAAAUGGAAAAGUCAAAGUCAUCAAAUAUAUUGAGGCAUGUGAUGUGCAAUAUUCCAGACAACAGGAAAAAUCAGAUUCAUACAGUGGUCAUUAAACAUUCCUAACGUAUUUGAUAUUGAUAGUUUUCCCAAACAAAAGUAGCAUUUAAGAUAGAUCCUACUAUUUCUCGAAAUGCCGAAUUUUGAAAGGUUAUCAUUGGACAAGUCAGUUGAAACAAUGAACAUUUUGCUGUUUAAAAAAAAAAAAAAAUAUGUUCAUCCUUGCAUCAGUAUUUCAGAAUGUAUAAAUAAUGACAUUAUAUAAACUAUACAUGCACAUUAUGAAAAUGCACUUAUUUAAUAUUGUAUAUAGUACUGUGUACUUUAAUAUGCAAAUAAUGUUAUCUAAUAAAAUUUCUACCACAGAAGGUCGGUGUAAUUGAACUUUCAAGGCAUGACAUAAUCAUAACAACCGUUAAAAUAAUUUAGUUGAUACCACAUGUGAUAUAAACUCUAAAUGCAUUUUGAUUGGUAAUCGCUUGAAGGCCGAUUAACAGAGUCGCGGACAAGAUUUCACACAAAAAGUAGUUCGCACUUGUUUUUCGAUAACUCAAUGGCUUUUAUUAAUCUAUUGCUUUGGAGGUAGUAUACUUGCUAAUUAUUUAUCACGAUUUGUGAAAAAUUAUAAUAUUUCCAGACAUUUACAAAACUGCUAGAUUUGCAUUUGAUUAGCGGCAUUUGACUUCCGUUUAUAUUCCUACACCUCAACUACAGGUCAUUUCGUCCUCAGAAAAAGCUUUUCUGUUGUUGUAGGAACAGUUUUAUUCAUAUUUUAUGUUGUUGGUAUUUCUUUCACCCACGUUCGAUUUUGAAUG